CCUUGGCAGAUGAGCCGUGGCCUCCUUGCUCAGGCUGUUCAGAGGGCAGCAGGCCCCCAGAGGAGGUAGCAAGCUUCCUCUUGCUCAUCUGAACCCCUUGUCAGGGCAGGGCAGGUAGCCAGAUUACCCCUCUGGAGUCCUUGGUCUGAUACCCCCCAACCCCAGGCCUGGCUAACUUAUUGCAGUCUGGUGGGGCCCCAAGGCUUGCUGUCUGUCUGUGUGGAAAGCUCAGCUCUACACAGAGUACACAGAGCAAGUAGGAAGUAUCUCUGUGCUCUUGGUUUUGGGGACAGGAAACAAGCCCUUGAGGUAGUGAAUGGGGGUGGGGCAGAUAACUCCUACCACCUGCUAAUUCCUUCCCCACUAUUCUCCACCAUGCACUUGCAGGAGAAAGUCUGGCAGCCUGCCAGUGGGCCUGCUACCUCUCUUAGGGGAUCUGCUAGACCUAAGACCCUAGAAGGGGGAACUCAGAGUCAAGGCCUCCCAGGGUGGGGGGAAGUGAAACUCUCCGGGGAGGGAGGGACUUAGUCACUUCCUCUACCCCCCAUCACCCAGGCCCAGGCCCUACUGGGCAUGGCGCUGACUGUGGAUGUGGUGGGGCCAGCACCUUGGGGCUUCCGCAUCAGCGGAGGCAGAGAUUUCCACACGCCCAUCAUCGUGACCAAGGUAACAGAACGGGGCAAGGCUGAGGCAGCAGAUCUCCGGCCUGGCGACAUCAUUGUGGCCAUCAAUGGAGAGAGUGCAGAGAGAAUGCUCCACGCUGAGGCCCAGAGCAAAAUCCGACAGAGUGCCUCCCCACUGCGACUGCAGCUGGACCGGUCCCAUCCUACCUCUCCUGGGCAGACCAAUGGGGAGGGCUCCUUGGAAGUGCUGGCAGCUAGAUUCCAGGGCUCCCUGAGGACACACCAUGACAGCCAGUCCUCCUGGAGAUCUGCAUGUCUGAGCCCAGCCUCCCUCAGUUCCAGGCCAGGCAGCCCUUUCUCCACUCCACCCCCCACCAGUCCACUUGCUGCUUCUGGAGAGGAUGUAAUUGGCCAUAGUUUUCAGAGUCUGACACACUCUUCAGGCCUUGCUGCUACUCACCACUUGUCUUACCCGGGCCACCCCACCAGCCGACAGGCCGGCCACAGCAGCCCAAGCGACUCAGCAGUGAGGGUGCUGCCACAUUCCCCAGGACCUCGGUCCUCCAGCCCCAGGUUCAGGUACCACACCUUCGAUCUGGAAGAGGACUCGGAGGUGUUCAAGAUGCUUCAGGAGAACCGCCAGGGACGAACCGCCCCGAGGCAGUCCAGUUCCUUUCGGCUCUUGCAGGAAGCCUUGGAGGCUGAGGAGAGAGGUGGCACACCUGCCUUUGUGCCCAGCUCACUGAGUCCCCAGGCCUCCUUGCCCACCUCCAAGGCCUCGGCCACCCCACCCAAACUCCACACCUGUGAGAAGUGCAAUGUCAACAUCUCGAACCAGGCCGUGCGCAUCCAGGAGGGGAGGUACCGACACCCUGGCUGCUACACCUGUGCGGACUGUGGGCUGAACCUGAAGAUGCGCGGUCACUUCUGGGUGGGCGAUGAGCUCUACUGUGAGAAGCACGCCCGCCAGCGCUACUCAGUACCUGGCACUCUGAGCUCUCGGGCCUGAGUCUCGAGGCGCUCAGCCCGUCUGUGCUCUCAGCCUCUGCAGACAGGACCAACCACACUGAGAGCAAGCAGGGAGGGGUGAUGGCAGGUGAAGGCUCUUACAGGAACUUAAGGUUGUCCUUGCUGGGUGAAACCAAGGGCUGGGACUAGUCUCAGGCUGCAAGUGCUGAGGACAAUUCCACUCUCUGGCCUGCCUCCUGCAGGCCAGUUGCUGCACUGCAGCCUGAAAUGGCCAUUCCGUUGGACAGGUUUGUGUAUAGGGUUGGGCACAGAUAAAAGUAUCCAGAAGGACAAGGUGGGCCUGAGGUUAAUGAUAUUGGUGGUGUAAAGUUUAUUUUGACAUGUGAACUCGAUAUACAUGUGGAUAAAACGGA